UAACAAGGGAGAAGAUGAUCUCCAGGUUCCUGCUGCUCAUGGCGCUGAGCUGCUGUGUCUGUGGAACAUUAGUAGUGAACGUGACUCACACCUCCUAUCAGGCAGAGGAGAACCAGAACGUCACACUGGAGUGGAUCUUCACACCCAAACCUGACAACUCAACACAACGUCUCUUUGUCUACUGUGAGAUGUUCACUGAUCACGAACACUCAAUCCUGUUUCAUUUCCAUGAAGGAGUCGAGGUCCCACUGAAGGAUGAAGAGUUUUCAGGACGAGUCCAGUGUGACAAAGACGUCCUCAGAGAGGGACGAGUCAGACUUCAUGUGUCCUCACUCAGGACUGAAGACUCAGGCUGGUACAUAUGUGAAGUGUUCACUAAUGCUGGUUUGAGCUUGAACCGAUGUCAUCUCAAUGUGACUGCAGCUGUUCAUGAGACUGAAGAUCAGAGACCAGAAGUGAGACCAGAACCAGAAGCUAUGAGUCAGAGAAAGAUCGGUCUCUAUGUUGGACUAGCAGUAUCAUUAGCAGCAUUAUUAGGGACUCUCUGUGUCUUCAUUCUGCAUGUCUUUAAAUCUGCUUGUUACAACAGAAACAAGUCUGCAGUCGAGUAUAACCAGAUCAGGAUGCAAAAGAGUCCGAGUCGAAGCUGAAGCUUUCAUUGUUUCAGAUGUUGAAGGUUUGAGGUCCAACAUCUGGAACUGGGACCGCUGUGGCUCAGAGGUGGAGCGGGUCAUCCUCUAACUGGUACUGUGGUUUGAUCCCCAGCUCCUACAGUCUAUGUUUUCAAAUGGGGUCUACGUUUCUUCAACAGUGAACAUUGCAGCACCUCUCCUUUACUCCUGAUGGAACUUGGUGCUGCAUUCACGUUGGCUCGUAAAUUGGACUGUCGCUCAUUUAAAAUUUUAAGCAGACACAAAUGUUGUGUUGUGGAGCACGUUGUACCCUGGUAGAUCUGCAGCUCUGAUCAAAUCCAGAGUUUAGUGAGUG